UUCCUUCUGAGCAGGUAAAAUGGAUGGCACGAAUAAUGGCAGAACUCAGCUACAUGACAGUUCUGAAUAUGAUAGGAAAAGUGAAGUCCAAGCCUUUGAUGAUUCGAAGGUUGGUGUAAAGGGACUUCUGGAUGCUGGUAUCACCAAGUUACCGCGUAUAUUCUUGCACAACCAGCCUGUGAUUGAAAAGAAAUCAGACUCCAACGCAGUUAAUAAGCUGAGCAUUCCAGUCAUAGAUUUUGAAGGUUUGGGAAAAACUGCAGUUCAACAGGCUGAUAUAGUUCGAGAAAUAAAGGAUGCUAGUGAAAACUGGGGAUUUUUCCAGAUUGUCCAUCAUGAAAUCCCAUCACGUGUUAUGGAGAAAGUACUAGAAGGCGUUCAUCAUUUUCAUGAGCAAGAUUCUGAGGUGAAGAAAAAAUUCUACUUCCGUGAUGUUACGAGGAAGUUCACCUACAAUACCAAUUAUGAUCUACACAAAGCAUCAACAGCUAACUGGAGGGACACUCUUUACUGUGUCAUGGCUCCUAAUCCUCCAAGAAAUUCCAGAGGUUUGCAGGUACAUAUCAUGCUUACUACUAAUAUACCUUUCUUAAUUAGCUUAGUACGCCCGCUGUAGUCAACUUAAAUUCUCCAGACCUCAUCUCAGAUUUAUUAUCCUAGCUCUAAUUUGUUAUAAGAUAUUCUU